AUGAACUAUACUCCGGCCACUUCGUCAUCCAAUGGGUCAUCCCAAACCGCUGGAUUGCAUGAGCUACUCAGCAAGUUCAAAUUUGUGCGAAUUCUGAAUUCAAAUCCGCAAAUCAAAGUAAUUUCGCUUCUGGGCAAAAUUGAGGCGCAGGACGCCAUUGUAACCAUGGAAAAGAUGCAUUUUGUUUACGACACCAAUGUCUUGAAAAAGGAGAACGGACGCAACACGCCCGUUCUUCACAAUUGCGAAGACGAAUUCUCUUGCUUGAAAACGAUUGAAGAAAUGCGGGAAAUUGCCUCAAACGACAUUUACUACUGGGGUGCAGGGCUCUUGAAGCAAGACCUGGAGCGCAACCCGACCGCGAAAAUCAACUUGAUAUGGCCUGCUACCUCGGUGCACAUCCGCAAAUACGAGGUACAGGACUAUCAUAUGCUGCGUGAAACGCCAGAGAUCUAUGAGAGAGUUGUCAAGCCCUAUAUUGAGGAGAUGAGCAGCGAGUCACGUCUGAAGUGGGUUCACAAUAUCCUCUACAAUGGUGCAGAAUCAGAACGCGUGGUUUACAAAGACUUUGUUGAAGAAAACAUGCCCAAGGGUUUCCUCGUUUUGCCUGAUAUGAAGUGGGAUGGCGUGAAUCUCGACUCGCUGUACUUAGUGGCAUUGGUGUUCCGCAAUGACAUUCGUUCUUUGAGAGAUCUGCGGCCUGAACACAAACCCUGGCUCGUGGAAUUGCUCACCAAAAUCAAAACCGUCAUUCCCGCAUGCUACAAUUAUGCUAUCCACCCAGAUGAGCUACGAAUUUUCCUUCACUACCAGCCUUCUUAUUACCAUUUCCACAUUCACAUCGUAAAUGUUAAACAUGGCGGCCUGGGUGAUGGGAUCUCGUCAGGGAAAGCAUUCUUGCUGGAAGAAGUUAUUGAACAACUGAACUUUUUGGGCGAAGAUGGGUUUGCGGGCCGCACUAUUACGUACGUUUUGGGUGAAAACCACGAUCUUUGGAAUCGUGGCAUGAAACAAGAAAUUCCUCGUCAGCUAAGAGAAGAUGGUAUCCCCAAGGCGCCCAAAGUCAUCAACGAUCUUGAAUAA